AUGUCUGGUUUGGAACCAAUAGUAUUUUUAGCAAAGGGUGCGAAAGUGAUGCUGACCAUGAAUUUGUGGUCUUGUGUCGGUCUCUGUAAUGGUGCGACUGGAAUAGUUGUGGAUUUUAUUUUUAAGGAAAAUCGUCAGCCACCAGACUUACCUGUUGCUGUAAUGGUUGAAUUUGAGAACUAUAAAGGUCCAUCAUUUGAUGAAAGCAGACCAUCAUGUGUUACAAUAUGUCCAAUAACAGUCUCUUCACAAAGUGGUAUGCAUGAUAGGCAACAGUUAUACCUCUUAGACUUGCGUGGGCUUUAA